AUUCUCGUAGCUGUGAAGAGCAAUACAAACAGUGGUUACCCUGUCAAGUGCAUCUGCUCUGCACAGAGGAGAGGAAAGGGGGGGAUUCGGUCUAGCUGCUACUGUACCUCAAGGAAAUAUCAUCAUGGACAAAAUGUCAUGCUAGGACAUGAGAUAUUUUGAUCUGACUCAGCACUUCGUCACUCCUGACAAAUGCAAAUGUGCUGUUUGAACACUUCAGUUGAGGCGAUGGAGCCAAGCAGCUGCCCUGGUUCAGGGACCGACAGUGACAAGCCUGCCCUCGGCAAGCCUUUGGACUCAGGGAUGGACAGCCUGAAAGUGAGAGUUGACGGGAGCAUUUUUGUGGUGAACAAAGCCCUACUCGAGCAGCACUGUGAGUACUUCCGAGCCCUCUUCCAGUCGGGAAUGCGGGAAUGCCAACAGGAUGAGGUCCAUCUGAAAGGGCUGAGCGCCCGGGGAUUUGUGUUGGCACUCCGGGUCCUGGACGGGGAUCGCCCCAUCCUGGGUGGUGACGAGAUUGUGGAAGCCAUAGAGUGUGCCACCUUUCUACAGGUGGAGUCUGUGACAAAGCACCUGACCAAUAUCAUCAACUCAGAGAACUGCUUGUUGAUGUACCACACGGCUGCGACCUACGGUUUAUGGGAUCUGUCCCAUCAAGCUGCUUUAUUCAUUAAAGACAUGUACUCGGACCUGAAGGAAGAUGUUGUGAGCACCUUACCAGAAGACCUAGUGGAGUACGUUGAGUCUCUCAUCCCCAGUCGGUACGUCACAGUCUGCAGCCACUCUCCUACCGUCGAGCAGCUCCAGGACUGUCAGAGGACGGUCUGCUACCUGGAUGACGAAGAUAGAGAAUGGAAGGUGCUGAGUCACCUACCCCUAAACACAAGCACCACUAUGGCAGGUGUGACCAUGCUAGACAACAAGCUGUACAUUAUAGGAGGCGUCCACGACCUCAGCAAGAAAGUUGUGGACUCUGGCUUCUGCUACGACCCAGAGAGUGACUCCUGGUCCACUAUUUCGAGUCCCCAGCAGCCACGCUACAACUUUACGUUAGUGGGCCACGAAGGCUGCCUCUACGCCAUCGGUGGGGAGUUCGACCGGAAGUCCAUGGCGUUGGUGGAGAAGUACAGUGUCUCCACAGCCACCUGGCGCUUCGCCGCUAAUCUCCCCUGCAGAGCCGCCAACGUGGCCUCCACCAAAGCCAUGAGCCGCAUCUUCAUCUGCCUCUGGAAACCCAAGGGCGUUACGGAGAUCCACGAGUACAUCCCUGAGAGGGACCAAUGGGUCCUGGUCACCACGCUAGUCCGUGACCAGAGCUAUGGCCACUGCAUGGUGGGCCACAGGGACAAUUUGUAUGUCAUGCGCAACGGGCCCUGCGAAGACUUCCUGAUGUGCGUGAUGGACUGCUACAACCUGACUACGGGUCAGUGGACAGCCUUGCCGGGGCAAUACGCAAACAGUAAAGGAGCCCUGUUCACAUCGGUAGUAAGAGGGGACUCAGUAUUCACCCUCAACCGCAUGAGGACCACGGAGUUCGCCGUGGAGGAGCACAGAUGGAAAACCAAGAGAGAGACCAAGGGCUUCGGGCGAAUCGGCUCCAUGUACACAUUUCUCAUGAGACUGCCCAAGGCCAAGACUGUGGGAAACACUGAGGUGUUGACGGACGGGCUGGAGUUUGGGAAUCGGAUCGACCACAGACGCAGAGGCUCUCUGCUACAAUGCUUUGACUGACUUCCUGUGAAUAAGUUUAGUCUUUUAAUAUCUCCUGACAAACUAACAACAGGACAAUGAACUAGAAUGCUUUGACUGACUUCUUGUGAAUAGGUUUAGUAUGUUACUUGGGCCACUUUUAGUAGGCAAACAUGGAACGUUGCAGAAAGAAAUGUCAUGAAUAUAGCUGACGAUUC